CACACGCCUCAAAAAAAUUCCUUGUGCCUAUCUUUUUUAAUGUGAGAGAAGAGAGAAAGUUUCUACGCUAAAGUUCUUCAUCUUUGUAAAGGAGAUGUGGGAUGAGAUUUUCAAGAUCAUGCAAGAAACUGAAAUUGAUGUGAAGGCUAAGAAGGCAAACACAUUCACUACUUAUGACUCAUUCAAAGCAAAGCUGGGAGAAUCACUGGAGGAUAACUACAUUCGCUUUCUGAGACUAAUCAACGAGAUGGGGAAGAUCAACGUUCAGAAGUUCAAUAUGGAGCUGAAUGUGAGAUUCUUGUCAUCUCUAGCCCCUAAGUGGAGGAAGGUGUUGUUGACAUUAUAUCUCCCAACAAAUUUUGUUCUCAGAAUUGCAUUACAACAACGAUUCAGAUGAAAGUUGGAAUAUUUACAUGUGUACUGUGUGAUAAAACUCAAGCGACUGAAUAUGUGGUGAUCUUUCUUAAAUUAAUAGUGCUUAGUGCAAUGCAUUCCAGUCAAGUGAACAAGUCAAAACCUCUAAAGGCUAAACAGAACUACAAAAUUAAAGUUGCCAAAC